CAUCAACCAUUACUACUCACGCUCAAAAACGACAAAGAAGCUCGUCGACGAUUCGAACUCACGCAAACGACACAGUGAAGAGCCUCGUAAUGUCUUCCCCUAUCCCGUCAAGCUGCCGAAUCCGAUGGCUCCAAGUCUUUACCGCCAUCGUAAUAUUCGCUUGCCUUUUCGCCGCAGCAGUUGGGGCGAUCACGGCGGGGAAGACUAUGUACUCUCUGAUUCCCAUAACGGGAAUUCUGCCCUUAUUACUCAUCGGAGCCUUAUGUCUGGCCAGGAGUCGUAAGGAUUCCUCCGGGAAGAAAGACGGCAAAUGCCCUCCACCCUGUUACGACAGACCUUCCAUGGACCAUCUGGGGCAGCAAGGAGAUGGGUUUCCCGUUCAUUCUCGUGUGGAGACAGCCACUGACACUACGGUGACUGAGACGCAAGUGAAGGUCCUUAAACGGUACUCGUCCACCGAUUCCUUUUCGCCAGGCCAGUGUUCGCUGUGUCCGGGAACGGUAGCUAGCGCAAGCCCUUACUUCAGCCCUUCCUCGUACUCUGACGAAGACUCUGAGCAAAUGAGCAUUGAUCCCGACUACUUCCGGGUGUCUGACCGCACGGAACAUCGACCCAGCAAGCCGUUCGAGUGCGUCGAAAGCCCCCGCUCUUCGUCGAGCAGCCACUGCAACAUGUGCGGUGCUCAGACGAAGCUGGACAGCUCUGCCGACGAAGAAACCCUCGAAAUCGUCAUCACGCCAUCUGUGACAUCGCUUGAAGACGACACGAAGAAGAGAGACGAAGCAGAAUGUACUUCGAAAGUGGCGCCACCUUCUGAAGAACACGCUGUUCCCACGACUUCGUCGCCGGAAUGUUUUGUGAGUGACAAAGAACUGGAAGAUGUGCCGCUUUAAGAGAUGACAUUCACCGGUGCUUGGAAUGGCUCUUCUAGCGUUUGCGGCCUCUAUUAAUGCUUUUUUUUUAAUGUACUCGUUAUUGUGGCGUGUUUUCAGUUUGAGAAAUAAGUGUGCUAAUGUAAUUAAUGUGCAUUUUGGAAUCUUGGUGCGCUUUGGUGCCUUCGUCAGUCACGCUAGUCACCGUAAUGCGUUUGCGUUACACCAUCGGGUGGUAUGCUAUACUGUAGCCAAUAGUAUGCAUAAAAUAUUGG